AUGAGGCUUCGCCGCGCGUUCGGACUCCUUCUUGGAGCGGCUUGCCAGGUUGAGGCUCGGUCAGUGUUUGCCCAUUUCAUGGUCGGUGCCUAUCCCUUCCCUCCCAUCUCAGGGACCAUGAUACUAAAGACAUUGCUUGGCGAUUGGCAGUCAGAUAUCCAGAAAGCCCAGGCGGCCCACAUCGAUGCGUUCGCCCUCAACAUGGCCCAUGGCGAUCCGGCCAACGUGCCGUCCAUGGCGAACGCAUUCCAGGCUGCGUCGGGCCUCGGAUUCAAGCUAUUCUUCUCGUUCGACUACGCGGGAAACGGGUCCUGGCCCAUGCAAAGAGUGAUCGACAUCGUCAACCAGUAUAAAGGCAACUCAGCCUACUUUCUCCGCGGCUCGCAGCCGUUGGUCUCGACCUUCGAAGGGCCCAGCUCGGCGGCUAACUGGACCGAGAUCAAAUCACAGACAGGCUGCUUUUUCAUACCGGACUGGUCGUCGUUGGGCGCGGACGCGGCCAUGCAGCUCGGUGAGGCGGACGGCCUUUUUAAUUGGGCGGCUUGGCCUACCGGCCAGGAGGAUAUGAACACCUAUGUUGACGCAUCCUAUCUGCAGUUCCUGGGAGGGCGUCCAUACAUGAUGCCGGUCUCGCCGUGGUUCUUCACGAACCUGCCCGGCUACGAUAAGAAUUGGCUAUGGAAUUCGGGCCACCUGUGGUUCGAUCGCUGGCAAGAGGUCCUCUCGAUGCCACAUGACGACGUCCCCGAGUUCCUGGAAAUUAUCUCCUGGAACGACUACGGUGAGUCGCAUUAUAUCGGGCCCUUGAAUCCCAAGUCCUAUGCGGCCUUUACCAUCGGGCAUGCGCCGUAUAAUUAUGCCGACAGCAUGCCGCACGACGGAUGGCGCCUCUUCCUGCCCUAUGUGAUUGAUACCUACAAGACCGGCAAGGGCACAAUCACGCAGGAAGGAGUGGUGGCCUGGUAUCGGCUGAGUCGCGCGGCGGCAUGCGCGGAUGGCGGCACGACGGGCAAUACGGCCUCACAACUCCAAGUGGAGAUUACUCCUGGCGCCCUUGCCCUGGACCAGAUCUUUUUUACGGCUCUCCUGGCCUCUCCAGCCAGCGUAACUGUCUCGAUCGGCGGAAAGUCGGUGCCGGCAUCUUGGAAGAACGUGCCGAGUGGCGGAGUCGGCCUCUACCACGGCUCGUGCUCCAUGGAGGAUUCCAGUUACGUCGGCCCGGUGGUCGUCACCAUCGAGCGAUUAGGAUCUACGAUUGCAUCGAUGAACGGGGCUUCGAUCACCAACAGCUGCCCGCACGGCAUCACCAACUGGAAUGCCUGGGUAGGCCAGGCGACCUCGACACAUUCGAUCACGCCGGUUUCUCCCAAGCUCUCGAAUGAGGAUGCUGUCUGCAUCGCGGGCUUUGGUCUCGGUGACUUUGAGAACCUCUGUGCUUUUGCUUGCGAGUAUGGCUACUGCCCAAUUGGCGCUUGUACGUGCACCGCCAUGGGCCCUGCAAAACCCAAGCCAUCGGCGACCGGCCAGGCAGGAUACCCUGUCGCCGGAGAAUCAGCCGACUACUCGGGCCUGUGCAGCUUCGAUUGCAAUUAUGGUCACUGCCCAAGCAACCUAUGCGGACACACCUCCGUGCCGCUCGCAACGCCCACCGUCUCCCCCUUUACUCCACCGGCCCCGAUUUCAGGCACGGGCGUGAAUGACGCUUUCAACGACCUGUGCGCCUGGACCUGUCAGUACGGCUUCUGUCCUAUGCACUCGUGCGUUACAACCGAUACCGGCGUGCUCAAGGUGCCACCGGCGCAAAAUGGCUUCACCGGCAAAACCGUCUUGACCGUUGACGACAGUGGGCUCUGCAAUUGGGCUUGCAGCCGCGGCUUCUGUCUCCAAGGGGUGUGCGUCGGGUCGCUCACUGACGUCUCCGCGCAGCCCAGCUGGACGCAGGCUACCUGCGACCUAGACGUGGUCAACAACAUCAACGACGACUCCAAGUACCGGUGGCAGUACGUCGACUGUGACACCGCCUGGUCCCAGGCUAUCAAUUAUUGGAACGCAAAUCAGGCCGCGGCAGCGAAAGAAAAGAACUCCUUUUCCAUGGAGAUCGCCUCUUUCUUCAAGGAUACGGGCCUCCAAGACGACAUGAACUGCCAGUCUCUCACCGACCACAACGGCUGCGACAGUGAAGUGCAAUGCAAAGACGUGAACCAUCCGGCCGGCAUGUUUAUCCUGAACUCUCUGAUUCAUCUCGAUGAGCACUUCCAAAACCUCUACGAUGCCAUUUCGCGUCUGGAGACCAAUGCCUUGGGCGAUGUACCCACCAUCAAUGAUGUGUUUGCUCCGUUACCAACUGAGAAUCAAGCUUUGAAAAUCGCCCUGGACGUCCUCUCCUUAGGCUUUGCGUUGUUCGCGGCCCCUUUUUGGAAUGCUUACCUGAAAGGCAUCAACAUCGUGAAGGAAAAUUCCAAUACACUGGGCUCGAUCAAAGACAUGACCAAUGCGCUAGUGUCGAAUACCGUCACAUUGCUUAAGGAUUCAUCUCCCGCCGGCCUCGAUAUUGCCAAUGAGAAUGACCUCACCACGAACGUCAAAAAUGCGGUCACAGGUUGGCAGGACGGAAUCAGUGCGUUGGUCAACCAAUUGUUCAGCGGUUCCUCAGACGACGUCGCUCGAGUGUACGACCUCAUCGGCGGCGGCUCCUAUAUCAAGGUCACCAACCCACCGAACGACGUGGAUAUUCAGAACUGGAUGGCGGCGCCGCUCUACGCGAUGAUCAUCCCCAACGCGUGGAGCUUUAACAACAAGGCUCCCUUCGUGCUGGACUCGGGCCAGAACUGCGACCCCAGCAACCCGCUUCCCGACAAUGUGGACAGUGAUACCGUAGCCGCAACGUCCGUGUGCUAUAAUAACCGAAUGUACUACCUGCUGUCUGCCAGCGGAGACGCCGAAACAAACUGUCAGUCCUGGCCUGGCUGCGAGAGCUGCUCGGAGACCUGUACUGAUAACGAUUUCUCCGCCCCGAGCGGCUUGUCCAGCUUGACCGGGAAGGCUGGCGCAUAUGGCGGGCUCACCGUAGCGACAAUUGUGCAAGGAGCGGUCAACGGGUACACCAACAAUGGCAACAAAAACGGAUGGAAAACAGCAGAUCCGUCGGACGCAGCGACCUUGUCAAAACUGAUAGACCUGGGCGUGGCCGCGCCCGGAGUGGUCACAAUCCCUGUCUGCGGAAACGAUGAGGCGUGGCAAAAUUGGUAUCAGUACAGCAUCAAUUCACAUCCCCAGAGUGCCAAUUAUCCUUGCAACUGA